UACUUUCUCUUGCACUUCGCCAGUCGUUCGAGUGCCUUUGUUCCCCCUGAGCGCGUGUGGAGUUGUAGCACUUUUCCGCCACCCCGGCGCGUGCGGGGUCUGGAACGACGGCAUUCGACACUACCAAAAGUCAAUAGACAGAGGGCGUCAGACAUGGGCGAUGUGACCGAGGGACCUUGGAAGGAAAAUGAUUCCACACAUGGGGCCGUGGAAUUUUACAGUGGCAUUGGUGGCUGGAGUGAGGCUUUAGAAGGAGCAUUGAGAAGGCUGGGGAGGGAGGGGGCUUUCCAGGUGAGGGCCGCGUAUGAGAUCAAUCUGGUCGCCAACCAGGUCUAUGCUGCUCAAGGUAGGAGGCCGCAUGAUUCGCGAGACGACAAGUUCAUGGUAGCGUAG